UUUUAUUAAACAACUACACAGCAUUAUAUUUAUACAGUAAACCUACAACACAUAAAUUAAACAAAAUGCUGCGCAUUCCUGGUAUGCCCCUAUUGCCGGGCACAUUAUUUCGCGAUGUCAACAAAUCAUAUUAUCCCAAAUCGCAAGCGUUGCUCAAUUUUCGUGGCAUUAGCAUGCUAAAUGAUCGCUUGCAACAAAUAUCACCUGUCGAUCCGGCUGGCAUGUCAGUUGACAUUAGUUGUCCACCAGUUCAAGCGCAUGCUGUCUAUCCACCACGUUCGGGUCCACGACUACCACCCUGGGUGGCGUACGACAAAAAAGUGUUGGCCUUUAAGGCAUAUUUCAAGCAGACACUGCAGGAAAAUUUCCAUGCACCCUACAUGGUGCGUCAUGUGAAAAUUUUUUAUUAUCUAGAAGAUGGCACAUUGGAGAUAACAGAGCCCAAGGUGGAGAACUCUGGCAUUGUGCAGGGCUGUGUGCUGCAUAGACAGCGUGUGCCCAAGGCGCCACCUUGUGAUAAUGAGUUUUUGGCCAUGACCGAUCUUAAUGUGGAUCGCACGGUACAAAUAUUUGAUCGGAAUUAUCAUAUCGUAUGCUGCGAUCGUUUUACACGUGACUUUCUAAAUAAACGCGGCAUUAUAGUGCCGGAUCCGGUGGCGGCCGCAGUUGAUCCCGGGGAAGCUGCACGCAAACGUGGUCCCGCACGAGCCAGUGCGCCGCCGGAGAAACGUCAUCCGUUUGCACAAUUUCUAAAAUAUGAUCGUCAGAUACUUAAGUUUCAGGCGUAUUGGGAUGAUCGCACUGAAAUGGGUGAUGUGCGCAAGCUGGAGAUAUGUUACUAUCUGGCUGAUGAUACCAUUGAAGUAAAGGAGGCGCACAUACGCAACUCUGGACGCGAUGGGCCAUCGACGUUCCUCAAACGUGGCAAACUGCAGCGCGAAUUUGAUGGCAUGGAGCUGCCGGGCCAGCAAACACCCGUGACAUUGUUGAAUGUGUUGGGCUCGUCGCGCAAUGUGCGCUACUGCAUCGAUCCUUUGAAUCUGGGCAACAAAGAGAUCUUAUAUUAUAGUCAACGUGAUUUACAAAUCGGCAGCGUGAUUAAUGUAUACGGACGUGCAGUGGUUAUCACCGACAUGGAUCCCUUUACCAAGCAAUAUUAUCGUGAUGUCUUUGGCAUUGAGCAAUUCACGCCCAUAGCGGUGCCAACGCGCUCCGAUAUCUGCGCACCGUAUGAUAAAUCCGGACGCAUGUUGCCGCCGUACAAUGGCUGGGGCAGCUACGAGGACUCUGCCGGCAAUUGUGUGUCCAUUGUCAUCAAGCGACCCAAGUCCGACUUUCGUAAAUUUAUUAAAUUCGAUCGCUAUGUGCUGCGCUUUGGUGCCAAGAUGCUCUCCACCAUACGCGAGAACUGCGAUCGCAUAUUUGUCAUCAGCUAUUUCCUCAGCAAUGAUACGAUGCAGGUGCAGGAGAUCGCUGUGCGCAAUUCCGGCUUCCUGGGCGGUGAGUUUAUGAAGCGGAAUCGCGUGCUUAUGCCGGGACAGGAGAAGUUCAGCUGCAAGCAGCCUCAGUAUUAUAGGCCGUGCAAUCUGUUCAUUGGCUCCACAAUGAUUAUCAAAGAUUUCAUUUUCCAUUUGGUGUCGGCGGAUGAGUUCACGCUCAUGUAUAUGGAGCAUCAUCCGGAGCAGUUUCCGCAUACGAACAUUGAUGAGAUACUGGAGAAAGUGCGCAAGGCUGUGGAGCCGCGCAUGGCCGACUUUGUCACCAACUGUGUGCCCGACUGCACCGACCUGGAGAAGAAGAUGGAGAAGCGUGCCGUGUUUGUGUCGUUCGAGAGCUUGAAGGGUGCUCUGGUGGCCAUGAUGGGCAACAGCAUUAGCGACCAUGAGAUUAUAUCGCUGUGUCGUCGCUUCUCAGGCGAACAGGCGCCCGCCAAUGCCUGCGCUCGGGAUCGUGUGCGCGCUGCUGCGCAUCUGGAGAUUAAACGUGCGCUGUGGAAUGCUCGCGAUGAGCUUAUGGAGCACUUCCAUCAUAUUAAUCCAACGAAUAAGCCAUUCCUCUCCGAGGCUCUGGUGCGAUCCACGCUGCGUGGCAAUCGCAUGCCGUUCUCCUUGGAGCUCAUUGACAAUAUACUCUCCGUGCUGAAUCGCAACGAUUGCGAUGACAUCGAGGUCUGCGAUCUGAUGAACUUCAUUGAUGUCUCCUGCUUCAAAGGCUGCGACAUGCCGCCCAUUAACUAUGCCUUCGAGCUCUGCCCCAAGCUGCCCUUCAAUCACAAAGGACGCGUCGUGGACUUUGGCUGCUUCCUCAAUGCGCUCAACCUGCCGCUCAAUCUGCCCAGCAGCAAUACUCAGCCCACUCACAACAUUGGCGAUGCUCGGAUUAUGCCGCCCGCCUCCACCAUUGAGUGCUCCUAGACUCCACCCAGUUCCCGUUCAGUUGUAGUUUGUGUUUGCUGAAAUCUCUCGUUGUAUAUUUAACACCAACAGCUAUUGAAGAGUUCAGAUUAUUAUUUUUUAGUCGAAAUUACUUGUAGCAUCGAUUGGCGUUAUUAUUGCAAGCACACACAUUAAAUAGCAUAUUUAUGUUUAUAUGUGUAUUUUGAAAUAUUAACACAGCGAUGCCUACAAACAUGAUAUUCUAGGAUUGUCUACAACAUAUGCAUGCAUAAGGAAAAUUUCAAAUAAAAAAUAUACUUAGCGU